AUGAACUUUAGAUUUGAUCCUGCUAGCAUGAAUAUAAUUCCUCUAUGGGUUAAAUUUCCUAGACUCCCUGUUGGAUAUUGGUCUGUAGAAGCUCUUAGUAAGUUGGCUAGUGUGGUUGGAAGACCCCUCUACACGGAUAAAUAUACAACAAAUUUGGAGAAGGUGUCCUAUGCUCGUAUACUUGUUGAAACUGAUAUCUCGAAACCCCUACCUGAAUUUGUUGAAAUUGAUACACCUGAGGAAACCAUACACCAGAUUAUUGACUAUGACUGGAGGCCAAAAUUUUGUAUUGACUGUAUAAGAAUUGGGCAUGAAAAGACCAACUGCUGGAAGAAUAAGCCAACUCCACCUGUUCAAGAGGUUGUAGGGGAACCUCCAAAGGAAAAGAAGAGAACUAGGAACAGACGAAGGAAAAUGAGGCAAGAAUGGCAACCAAUUACGGAUCUUGCUGAAGCUACAAAUGAGAUAGCUCCUGUCGAUCUGGCUGCAGUAACAACUGGAACUAUCCCUGCUGAUGCUCCUGUUGUGGAAAAUGAAUUCAUAAAUGAUGGUGCUACACAUACAUCUGUUGAGAAGAACUCUCAGUUGGAGAUUUCCUCUAGAGAACCAGUAGCAACUCUUACACAAAGACAUAGAAAGCAACAGAUAUCAACCAACAUAAUGCAGUACCUAGUUCCAACAGAUUUCAAGCACUGGAUGAGACUAAUUCUUCUGGGGAUAUCUAAGGAGUUGAGACUCUUUCUGGCAAGGAAUAAAGUGGACUUCAUUGGCUGCUUGGAAACAAGAGUAAAGGAGCAUAAAUCAAAGAAAAUCUUACAAAAAAUAGCAAGAGGUUGGUCACACUGUUUUAAUUAUCCACUAGCAACAAAUGGCAGAGUUUGGUUACUAUGGAGAGAUCACAUCAAAGUCCAAGUUUUGGACAUAAAAGAACAAUACAUUCACUGCUAUGUUGAAGAACCUUCCACAAAAUUUUCUACCUUCUUAACAGUUGUGUAUGCUAGGAAUCAAUUGAAUCUUAGAGAGCUGCUAUGGACUGAACUGAGCCAGUUAGGACAAUUGCAAGGUCCUUGGCUACUCUGUGGGGAUUUCAACAAUAUUUUGUCAACUGAAGAUAAGAUUGGGCUGCCUGUUUGUCAAAAUGAGAUUCAGGGACUUAGAGACAGGCUAGACACUAUGCAGCUGACACCUCUAAGAUCAAGGGGACGGCACUUCACUUGGUGCAACAAACAACAGUCCAGUAACAGGGUCUAUAAUCACUCUCCUAUUCUCAUCCAAAGCUAUAAGCAAGUGACACUUCACCCAAAACCAUUCAGAUUGUUUACUAAUAUACUAGGGCAUACUGAAUUUCCACAGCUACUAGAGGAUGUAUGGCAACAAGUUGAAACUGGUCCUCCUAUACAGAGAAUAUGGAGAAAACUGAAGAAUAUGAAGAACAAACUAAAGGACUUAAAUAAGUACAUGGCUUCUUAUGAGCAGAAAUUGAAUCAUGCUAGACAAGCCCUUGAAAUGAUACAGGCUAAACUAUGCUUACAACCUUUAGACCAACAAUUGCUGGAACAUGAGAAGGGUAUUUUGCCUGAUGUAGAGAAAUGGAGCACUGUAGAUGAACAAGUUUUAAGACAGAAAUCUAGAGCAUGCUGGAUUGACUGUGGAGACUCAAAUUCUAAGUUCUUUCAUGCUCAAUGGAAAAUCAGAAACAACAGGAAUGCAAUCUCAUCUGUCUACACUGAGACUGGGAUUAAACUUACUGAUCCAUUACUAGUUGAAGAAGAAUUUACAGCUUUUUUCACCAGCCUUAUGGGGCAGAGUGCAUAG